GAAGAAGUAGAAGAAAUCUCAGCAGUUCAGUUUGCAGUCUAGUCUCGAGUGGCGAACGACAGCAUGAAAUUAAUUUAUUCGUCUGCAUUUGUUUUAGUCCUUAUGGUGGUGGGUCUGGCUCUGACUCAGGCUGGAGUGUACACGGAAAGGUAUUUCCGCGAUGAAAAACAUCCGGGCAAGUGUGUUAUACAAAGUACGGUCGUUAGUCCGGGACAAAGCAUAAAACAUCCAACAAUGGACUGUGCCGAGUUCACCUGUGACAAUUCCAUUGGUUUGGCGACAAUUGAAACCUGUGAUCCUGUAUCGGCUUUGGCUUCACCCCUGGAGAAACUUAAAGAUUAUGACCGCGCCAAUCCACCAAAGUGCUCAUGGGGUAAUUUCAAGAAUACCAAAGCAACGUUCCCCAAAUGCUGUGAACGCGAAUACACGUGCGUUUUUUAGUAACCAACUUGACAAGAGAAAUGGUGAAGGAUUUAAAAUGGAAAUAAAAAUAUAAAUUAAACUUUAAA